CAGGGCUCGGUCAUCGCUUCGUGUGAAUAUGAGUGUUUUAGGGUAUAUAAACCGAAAUAUUGGAUCCUGUUGUUAGAUAAAUGCGUUAUAGUUACAGUAAGGACAGAUAUUGCCUAAAUUAAAUUGCUGUUACUUCCCUUUCGAUAUUGAUCAUUAAUUAUAUUUUUUAUUUUAAUAUACAGGGAAUUCCCAAAUUCGAAAUGGAAACUGAAAAUUCUUCGAGUUAUUCCGAAGAGCAAGAAAAUAAGGAGGCGAUGCAGGUGUUGAAGAGCGAACGAUUUGAAAAUUCCUUCAAAGAUGCCGUAGAGGUGAAGAAAAGUUGGGAUAACCUUUUCCCUUUUACAAUUCUAGACGAUCUAUUGGAAAAGGAUAGCAAACUGUACGAAAACGACGAAAUCGUUCGUUGCAGAAGAAAUUCGGCAAAGAAUCUUUCAAACGCAAAACAAUGGUCACAAAUGGUAACCGGAGCAUUUUGGGAAAUCGUUAAUGGCCAGGAAGAUAAAGCCGUUAGAGAGUUUCGAAAAUUAGGCUUAUAUAAUUCUCUAUACGAUUUCGUUCAUCAUAUCAAGUAUUUCGAGACGGUAAAGAAGGUAAUGGAAGAGAGAGGCGAAAGAGUAUAUAUUUUUGGUCGUAGUCGUUGUUCCAUUCACGAUAUAGAUAAGUUACAUCCGAUCAUGUUGGUCGGUUAUGCCGAAAAAUUCGACGACCACAAGGAUACGUUAUUAUGGCAAGUCACUUUAGAGAAACACAUAAAAAUGAACCCGCAUCAUCAAGGAAAUCGUCUUUGGAGCAACGAAAAUAAUUAUUCGGAUGAUUUAAAGUACGUAGCGUUGGGAGAGAUGAUAUGCGAUAAAGUUUCUAGAAGAUUACAGAAAGAUUUAAAAGGAAAAUUGGACGAAGACAUGUGGAAUGUCGAUAUUAAGUACUUCGACGGAUUGCCACCGUACUGGUUAGCAAAAGCCUUGGAGAUUUUAAAUAAAUUAAAACGAUCGAAAUGAAAAACACGCAAUAGAUGGAUUGUAUAUCUUUAAAUUUAAAUCAAUUUUGAAAUAUAAAAAUGUAUUCGAAAUAAAAAUAGAAAUUUUAUUAUACUUAAAAUCUACUUAGCUUUUGAACGUCUUUCCUUAAACAAGACUUUGAAAAUUUCAAUAAUUGACUCUUUGUAAAGAUGCCAUUGUGAGUGUAAUAAAGUAACAGUAUAUUA